GAAGCGGGCUCGUUAACGAGAGGGGCGGCGGGGAGUCAUAUGACACAAACAUGGCUGCUGUUCAGUGGCAUUCGCGGGUGCGCGCGUACGAGUCUGAGCUGCGGGCCGCGCGCCUGGAGGCGGUGCCGCUGGAGCCGGGAGACCCGCACCCGCUGAAGAGCAUCACGGUGACGGACUCCAAGUCACGACGGGGAGGAGGGCGGAGAGGCAGCACCUCCUCAUCCUCAUCCUCUGGGUCCGUGGCCCCAGACCCCCUCAGCUCCAUGCUGGACGGCACAGACCCCCUCUCCAUGUUUGCUGCAGCUUCCGCCAGCGAGGCUCCCACCCUCUCACACAGCACAGCGGUGGGGGAGUCGGGCAGGAAGCGCCGGGAGAAGGAGGAGGAGGUGGGGCCAGACUUCGAACCCUGGUCAGCCAAGCGUGGAGAAAUCCUAGCCAGGUUCACAACCACGGAGAAGCUGUCCAUUAACCUUUUCAUGGGCUCCGACAAAGGCAAGGCCCCCAGCCCCAACUCCACAGUGUCAGAGAAGGUGCGAAACCGCCUGGAGGAGCUGGAUGACAUGGAGGAGGGCUCUCAGCGGGAGCUGCUGAACCUCUCCCAGCAGGACUACGUGAACCGCAUUGAGGAGCUGAACCAGAAUCUGAAGGAGGCCUGGUCCUCGGACCAGAAGGUCAAAGCUCUCAAGAUUGUAAUCCAGUGUUCCAAGCUGUUGUCCGAUACAUCCGUCAUCCAGUUCUACCCCAGCAAGUUUGUCCUCAUCACGGACAUACUGGACACUUUUGGGCGACUGGUCUAUGAGAGGAUCUGGUCCAUGUGUUCUGACUCCCGGGCGAUGCCAGAGUCAUUCACUGCUGACGAUGUCAACGACACAGCCAAGGAGACGUGCCUCAACUGGUUCUUCAAGAUUGCUUCCAUCAGAGAGCUCAUCCCACGACUAUACGUGGAGGCGGCCAUCCUGAAAUGCAGUUUCUUCUUGUCCAAGACCGGCAUUCAGGAGACUCUGCCUCGCCUCACAGCGAUGAUCCGGGGCAUAGGGGACCCCCUGGUGGCGGUCUAUGCCAGAGCCUACCUUUGCAGGGUGGGCAUGGAGGUGGCGCCACACCUCAAAGAGAGCCUGAAAAAGAACUUCUUUGAUCUGCUGGCGUCGUUCCGGCAGAUCCACAGCGACAGCGUGCAGAACCAGCUGGUGCUGCAGCGCGUGGAGAUCCCUGUCUACCUGACCCUCUACUCCCCAGCUAUCAACUGGAUCCUGCAGUGUGUAUCCUACCGGGCACCGGAGACGUUACUGACAGAGAUGAUGGAAAGGUGCAAGAAAUUGGCAAACAAUGCUUUGCUGCUGAACUCUGUGAUGUGGGCCUUUCGUGCAGAAUUUGUGGCAGCCAGGGCCACAGACUUCAUUGGCAUGAUAAAGGACUGUGACGAGGCUGGGUUUCCCAAGCACCUACUGUUUGGCUCUUUGGGCCGGAGUCUGGCCUGUGCCGACCCCCCAGAGAACGAGAGGCUGUCCAUCUUGAAUGAAGCGUGGAAGGUGAUCACCAAAGUGCGCAGCCCACAAGAUUAUAUCAACUGUGCUGAGAUCUGGGUGGAGUUCACCUGUCGGCACUUCACAAAACGGGAGGUCAACACUGUGCUUGCAGACAUCAUCAAACACAUGACACCAGACCGUGCCUUUGAGGACGCCUACCCUCAGUUGCAGUCGGUGAUAAGGAAGAUCCUCAACUACUUCCACGACUUCUCUGUGCUCUUUUCUAUGGAGAGGUUCCUACCCUUCCUGGACAUGUUCCAGAAAGACAGCGUGCGCGUGGACGUGUGCCGCUCCAUCAUGGAGGUCUUCAUCAAGCACCAGCAGGAGCCCACAAGGGACCCAGUCAUUCUUAAUGCCCUGCUGCACGUCUGUAAGACUAUGCACGACUCUGUGAACGCUCUGACUCUGGAAGAUGAGAAGCGGUCUCUCUCCCUGCUCAUAAAUGGCUUCAUCCGCAUGGUUUCUUUUGGACGUGAUUUCGAGCAGCAGCUCAGCUUCUGUGUGGAAGCCCGUGCUACAUUCUGCAACCUAGAACCAGUGCUGGUGCAGCUCAUUCACACGGUGAACCAGCUGGCGAUGGAGACACGCCGCGUAAUGAGAGGGAACCAUUCCCGCAAGACGGCAGCGUUCGUCAGGGCGUGUGCUGCCUACAGCUUCAUCACCAUCCCCUCCCUCACCAGCAUCUUCAGCCGUCUCAACCUCUACUUGCUGUCCGGGCAGGUGGCGCUGGCCAACCAGUGUCUUUCCCAGGCUGACGCAUUCUUCAAGGCGGCAGUCAGCCUGUUGCCCGAAGUGCCACGAUCAAUCACUGUUGAGGGCAAACUGCGCUCUUCCGAGGCCUUCCUGCUUGACUUUAUCAGCAACUUCCUGUCCACGCUGCUGGUGGUGCCGGACCACCCAGAGCAGGGUGUGCUGUACCUGGUGCGCGGUCUGCUCAACAUGGUGCAGGACUACACCUGGGAGGAGAACAGCGACGCCAAGGUUCGCGUAUACAUCAGUGCCCUGCCCCUGCUGGCGGCCAUGAGCCAGGACACCUACCUGUACGCCAUCCCUAAAGUGGACUCUAACGAGACGCUGUAUGGCGGAGACCCCAAGUUCCUGGCCGAGGUCAACAAGCUGUGCGAGACCCUCAUUGGGCAGGUGCUGGACCACCUGAAGGCCUUGGGCAGAGAUGAGGGUGCAGGCGUGCGCAAGCAGGGUACCUUGGCCUUCUCCCUAUUCGGCUGCUUGCUGGCUCACGGAGACCUGCGCAACAACAAGCUCAGCCAACUGGCCGUCAAUCUGUGGAACCUGAGCCACAAGCACGGCUACUGUGACACGCGCAAUUCUGUGCGCACCCUGGAGUACAUCAAGCACCAGAGCCAGCAGCCAGACAUGGCCCACCUCUCCGAGAUGGCUCUGCGGCUCUCGCUGCAAUCCAGGGCAUAAAUGAGGCCGCCUCCCACCAGCCUGUGCUCUUUCUGCUGGAAUGUACCUAGAGCCUGUUUGCCCUGGUCGGCACUGCUGUCAGGACCACCUUCCCCCUGAGGCAACAGGAGGUGGGCCACUCACUACUGCUCUAAUAGUUUGUUCUCAGCUAUAUAUCAAAUAAUGUGAGGCUCUGGUUUUAAAGCCAGUUUAUGGUCCUUUGUGUAUCUCAAAAACCUAGCAAACGUAUCCCUAUUGCAUUUCAAAUUCCAAUUUGCAUAAGGCAGGAAGUGGCCAAUAGCGGUAACCACGCAGUAGAGUUUGUCGUAUGUGUAGGAUGUGAAUACGUGCAUAAUGGUUAAACAAGCUGCUUCAUGUAGAGUUGUGCACAAGGUGUGUUGAUUUCUUUAGAAAAAUGCCUUAUUUACUGUACUUUAUACAAAGGAGUUAACUAUAGAAUGUAGCUGUUGACUUUCCACAACUCCACCUCUAAGGCAGCCUCCUGUUAUGCCCCACACCAGCGCACAUGUCAAAAACUAGUUUUUCCAUGUUUUGUACAUUACAGAAAAUUACAUGAAUUUAGAACAUUAUGCAGUGUCUACAUACUGAUUCUUUUCAUAACGGUCUGCUUUAUUUACUAAUACAAAUGAGAUUUGAGGUGACAAGCUUUGAGUCCGGUGUUGUAACUGCUGUCAGAGAGCCGUACGCAUAAAAGCAGACCGGCCAGCGCUGGUUCAGUAGUUUUAUUUCACAGGAUGGUUACUGCUCCAAACACCUGCCUGAGAGAAGCCUCUAGAGAUAUCAGGCACGAUCUCCCUAUUAAAACUUAAAAAGCACACCAGCUUAACAACGGUUUCCAAAAAUAAAGGGGUCUGCCAUCGCUGGAUUAGUACGUGACAGACUCUUCCGUGCCGUCGUCUGUCUGACCACGUCUUUUGAAGCAGACACAGUGGAAGAUGGACUGAAGUCCUGUUUUAUAUUCAUUAACACGUGAUCAUAUGAAGAAACAAGCCCCCUUUGCAUUCCAGACCAUUAAAGAAAAGAGACAUGCCCAUUUGCUUUGAGAAACUUCUGGUCACACUUGGAGAAUGUACAACUUUAAUGUCAUAAAACGCAACCAGAUAUCCCAUGUCUCACACACCUCACAUUCAGACAUCCUGUAUAUAAAUGUCAAUAUGACAAUAAACACUCUAAACAAAAGGUCAGUGUGUCAUGGGGUGUCCUAUCUUAGGGUCAGGGCCAAAAUUACAUGUGUGUCUCACCACUCCGAGCAAUUUAUGAAGGCUGCUGAAGUUCACGUAUGGUAAAGGGUCUGUGAAUUAAACAGCUCACCUACUGGGCUUGAGGACCAAGACACACAUGUUCACAUUUUAUUACCAUGACUUAGUUCUCCCUUUAAUCCACUCUGCAACUAAUACCUAAAAGACGUGCUGAACAGUCAUCAGCCAGCACAGGCGACCGCAACCGGGCUGCUACGUGAACAAAGACAAAGCGAACACAGCACAACAUGUGUGAACUGUUGGUUUGUACAUUUUUAGCCAUUUAUUUUUUUAUCAAUUGCCCCAGGUCACCACGUUCUGGAGGGGGGAAAAGGAAAUAAACAUUCAGUUACUCUAACAGAAAACGUUCAGAGGACGGUGACUAAAGUACGAGG